AUGGACCCCAUGAGCGAUUUCCACCCACAGCAGCAGCCUGAUGAAGGCAGCAUGACGCGACACAGCGAUGUCAAAUCCCCCCUUGACCAGCAGCAGCAGCAGCAGCUACAACAUGGUGGAGCAGAUGACGAUGCCUUCUUUCAGCACUACAAUUCUUCAACAGUGCCACCAACAGAAACAACAACAACGAUGCCAGAAGCUCCUGCUCCUCCUCCUGCUGCUGCUGCUUCCCCUGCCGAGGGGCUGAAGAUGCAGCUUCCCCCCGCCCCACAUGCGGCUCCGUGGGGUGAUAGCGCCGGUGGCGGUGUGCUCGGCGGUCCCAAGACAGCAGCAGCGGCAGCACCACCGAAGCAGGCAGCAGCGACAGGAAAGAACGGUGGCGCUGCGAUGGAAGCUGUGCGGAAGCAGAUCGAGGCGAGGACAGCAAAUAUAGACGCUAAAACAAGGGAAAAGGAGCAAAAACAGACAGCUGUGGCAGAGGCCUACAUGAAGGAGGAAAAUUUCAAGCGUGAUCAGAGGCUUAAGGAGCUGAAGGUAGAGCACGUUCGGCAGCAGAAGGCGGAUGAGGCAAAACGGAAUGAGAGCAAAAAGAGUGGUGCUGUGUGGACUGGGGUCAGCUUGGUGACAGAUCUCAACAAGACGAAUCGUUACUCCAAAAAUACGGAGCGAAUGAGGAACAUUCUUAUCAAGCUGAGUGAAACAAAGAACGCCUAG